AAAGAAUUAAAAAAUUACGAAAAUAUUUAUUAAAGAAUUACAAAAAUUGAAAAAUAUUAGAAACUAAGAAAAAAUUAAAAAAUUACCGAAUUUGCGAAGAUUCCUCAAAAAAUUACAGAAAUCACAAAAAUUAGGAAAAUUAUAAAAAUUCCAUUAAAAAAUUACGGAAAAUACAGCAAUACGGAAAAUAUAGAAUUAAUAAAAAUAAAUUAAAAAAUUAUAGAAAUUUCAAAAAUUACAGGGAUCGCGAAAAAAUGAAAAAAAUCGGAAAAAUUGCAAAAAUCACGGGAAUUUUGAAAAAUUACGGGAAAUUGAAAAAUUACAUAAAAUACGGAAACUACAAAAAAAUAACAAAAAUCAUUAAAAUUGCAAAUAUCAUGAAAAUUUGAAUUGCAAAAUUACGAAAAAAACCGGGAAUGGAAAUACUUAUGUAAUGUAAAUUAUUUUAAAAAAUUACGGGAAUUUCAAAAACUACGUGAAAUUGCAAAUUACGGAAAUUACGAAAAAAUUACAAAAAUUACGAGGAUUACAAAAAUCACGGGAAUUUCAAAAAUUAUGUAGAACUGCGAAAAUCAUGGGUAAAUUGCGAAAAUUAAAUUUGAAAAAAAUUAGGAGAAUUAUAAAAUUACGAAAAAAAUCACGGGAACUUCAAAAAUUAUUAAAAUUUCAAAAACAUUGGAAAAUAACGUAUAACGGAAAAGUAACAAAAAUUACGAGAAUUGCAAAAAUUACGGAAAAUUUAAAAAGUUACGGAAAUCACCAUUAUUAAAAACUAAAAAGCAGAUUUAUAAAAUUUGAGUACAUAUUACAAAAGCAAUGGAAAUUAUUGGCAAUUUCAAAUAUAACGUAGAACUACAAAAGUCAUUGAUAAAUUACGUAAAUUACAGGAAUUAUAAAAAUGAAAAAUAACGAAUUUUACAAAAAAUCACGGAAAUUUCAAAAAAUACGGGAAUUACAAUUAUUGAAAAAUUAGGAGAAUUAUAAAAUUACGAAAAAAAAUCAUGGAAAUUUCAAAAAUUAUGUAAAAUUACGAAAAUUAUUGGAAAAUUACGUAAUAUGGAAAAAUAUUAACAAAAAUCACAAAAAUUUCAAAAAAUCAUGGAAAUUACAUUAAUUAUUAAAAAAAAUUGAGAGAAGAAUUAUAAAAUUAGAAAAAAAUCGAGUAUUACGGAAAACAAUGAAAAUUAUUGAAAAAUAUUACGCGAAUUUCAAAAAUUACGUAAAAUUGCAAAAAAUUAUUAGAAAUUACGUUUUACGAAAAAAUAAUAAAAAUCACGAGAAUUUCAAAAAUAACGGAAAUUUCAAAAACUUACGGGAAUUAUCAUUAUUGAAAAAUAAAAUAAAGAAAUUACGAGAAUUGCAAAAAUUGCAGAAAUUACGAAAAAUUUCAGGAUUAAAUUUUUAAAAAAUUAUGGAAAUUAGGAAAGUUACGAAAAUUCUGGAAAUAAAUCACGGAAAUUUAUUAACAAAUUGCAAAAAUCGAAAAAACCUAUGAUGAUUUUCAAAAAGUUAGAAAAAAACAAAAAUUACAAGAAUCAGGAAUUACAAUUACAAAAAUUAUAAAGACCGGGAAAUUAUAAAAUUUCAAAAAACGUCCAAGAAAUUUAAAAAAUUACGACAAUUGAAAAUUACGAAAACUAUCAAAGUUACGAGAAUUAUAAAAAAUUACAGGAAUUACGAAAAAGUUACGGGAAUUACGAGAAUUAGAAAUCACAAAAGCUUUCGGGAAAUGAUUUUGAAAAAUGCCCAGAAAAAAUACGGAAAUUACGGGAAUUACCUACUAAUUUUUGAAAUAUACAAAAACGUGGAAUUAUAAAAAUAACGGAAUUUUCUGAGAAACUACGGGAAUUAAAAAAUUACGAAAAAUAUAAGAACUAUUUGAGAAAUGACAGGAAUUAAAAAAUUUCUAAAGAAAAAUUACGGAAAUUACGAGUCUUCGAAAAUUACAAAAUUUGCUACAAUGAGCUCUUUAUUUUCUUCUUUUUCUGGAAAAUUUUCACAAUUUUCUUGCCAGUUUCCCGGUUGUAAGAGGGUGAAUUUUGCCUAAAAAAGUCAAUUUCCCAGAAUUUUUCCUGGUGUGAUUUUUGACUGGAAAAUUUUGAAAUUUUUCUAUAAUGUGCUCCUCACUUUUCUUUUACUUCUGGAAACAUUUCAUAAUUUUCCCUUUGCCAGAUUUCUAGAAAAAAAUUAAAAUGUAAGAGGAUGAAUUCUCCUUAAUUUUGCUGAAAAGUAAGUUUUUCAAAAUUUUUCCUGGAUUAAUUUUUUACUGAAAAAUGUUGAAAUUUUCGUAAAAUGAGCUUCUCAUUUUCCUCUUAUUCCUGGAAAAUUUUCAAAAUUUUCUCUUUGCAAGUUUUCUAGAAAAAAAUUAAAAUGUAAAAGGGUGAUUUUUUUUUAAUUGCUUAAAUAAGUCAAUUUUUUAGAACAUAUUUGAAAUUUUAGUCGUAAAAAAAAAGAAUCAUCCUUUGUCGUUUGUACAUGAUAUUUAAGAACACCCUGUAUAAUACGCAGUUAAUUAAUUUAUAUAUUUGGGACUCCAAUGAUUUUUUAAGAGAUGGAGCACCUUAAGAUAUAGAAUAAACAUAAACAUUGACAACAUUGUCUGAUCUUGUUCGAUGACGUCAUCUUAAAUGAAUAUAAGAUAAAAACCGUAUAUUUUAAGGAAAGUCUUGAUUUUAACAAUAAUAAUUGCGAACGUGCUCUAUGAAUUAAUCAACGAGAAAUACUUUUUUCUAAAUUAUGACGUCAUCGAUGACGUAAAUAAGUACAAAAAGUGCAAAAAAAUACAUAAAAUAAUUUGGUUGCACUAAUUUUUUAUUAAAGUGUUAGGUAGUGCUAUGGUGGGAUGCCGAAUAGGCGUGCUAAUUUUUGCUUUAGGGGUGCUUAGCACUCCAAGCAUUCCCCUAGUUGCGCCUAUGGUGAUAAAUUUACCUGCACCUGUGUACCUCGGAUUGUGAACAGGAUAUAAUUAUUCAUACCACUUUUGAAAAUGGUGAAUUCACAAUUCAACGUUUAAAUAAAAAAUUUUAGGAGUGUUUUUUGAACGACUUUUGGGUCGAAAUUUGGGUUAGUUUGGGGGGCUUGUGAUGGGCCCGCAGAAAUUUUGGCACACAGGCCCGGAGCUGGGUUGAUACGCCACUGUUGAUGAUUUAUAGUUGAUGUUCUAGAGUGUUUGUCUGGCUUUCAGGGUACAAUUUCAAAACGUGUUUAGGGCAAAAAUUAUUCAAGCUCAGAGUAGAUGCUUUAUAAUGUCUCUAACUCUUACAAAUUUUAAAAUCCUUGUUCUUUGCAAGCAGAACUUAAUUUGUAUGUCAAUGAUUUCAAAGCUCUAGAACCUUUAAUAGCUAUUAUUAUUUUCUUGUAUAUGAUACAAAGAAAAAUUCAUGUUUCACCACUGCCACUAUGUAGUUUUAAAAUAGGUGCCAUUAGUUGAUUAUGAAAAAUUCUUGCCAGAAAUCCAACACGUAAAAUUAUGUCUAGUGUUAUUGUACAAAUAUUAUUAGAUUAAUUUAUUUUAACAUUAUUAUUUUAAUAUUAUUUAUUUUAGCUAAAUUUUAAUCAAUUGUGUAGGUAUACAUUUCUUGUCGUUUGUAAGUUUUUAAAUAAAGUUUUAGAGAAUUAGGUUUCCAAACAAUUUAAUGUUAUUUAAACUGUAAAUAAAUAUUCUAAAUUAUUUUUUUAUACAAUUGUAUAUAUGUACUAAUUUUGUAUUUAAAUAAAAACAAUAGAAAUUUGUGUAUGUAGUUUUAUUAAAAUAUUAAAAACUAAACUUUUGCCAGAUAAGAUUCAGAUAAUCCAUCUACUCAAAAAUCAUAUAAUAUUGCCCCACCUUUUUACUCCUGGAUCAUCCCGAAUAGAAACUCUGGCAGCAGCGAACUUCAUAUUGAUUUUUCUUCGUAUUUUCUGGCAGAAAAUGCCCUCCUGUUGGAAAGUGGGAGAGCAGUCGAACAUCGGUCGGUGCCGCAUCAAGAGGCACAAACGCAGCAAAAAACCAUGCCGCAUUUUACCGACUACCAAUUUUCUACAUAGUUUUUAUUUAGAUUCUAGAUUCAAAUUAGAGAAAAUGUCGCCUAAACUUUACGGUAGCGACAUGAACGAGGGAGUGAGAGCUGUACUACUAACAGCUAGAGCUUUAAAUGUGGAAGUUCUUGUGGUCGAUGUUAAUAUUUUUUCUAAGGACAACGUUGAAAAAGAACUUGUAAAGAUUAAUCCAGAUUACACAAUACCGACUCUAGUAGAUGAAGAUUUUAUUAGUUGGGACACUCAUGCUAUUUUAAGCCAUUUAGUGGACAAAUACAGUAGCAGUGAUGCUUUGUACCCAAAAGAAUCAAAAGAUCAAGUGGCUCAAAAACUGAUGUUCGAAUCUGAUACUCUUAGACCAAGAGUUGAUAGCAUAAUUCAAGCAACAGUAGUAGAAAACGAAAAAGAAAUCCCAACAGAAAAAAUAAGUGCAAUUACCGAAGCCUACAAACAGCUAAAUAAUUUUCUGGAAAACAAAAAUUACUUAACAGGCGACAGCUUAACGAUAGCCGAUUUGUGUUGCGUUGCCACAGUCAGUACCGCCACGGUUAUAACUCCGAUUUCAACUGAAAAGUACCCGAAUUUGUCGCAGUGGUACCGCACCUGCAAAAAUCUGGAUUACUACGAAGAGGCCAACGGUGUGGGGCUGAACAAGCUGGACGCUUUGGUAGAACAGAAACUGGGCAGGCCUCGAAUAAAGGAGCUUUGCGAGUAGCCCUAAUUUUGUUUUUGUGAAUAUUUUUGUGAUACUCUUUAUACUACAUUUUUUUGUUUUCUUUAGUUUGGAUGCAUAUCUAAAUAAACGCACAAAUUCUGGUCUUAU